AUGGGGCCGAUACAAGAGGAAGACGUGCACAACCUGCUGGAUCAGGUCGAGUCGUACAGUGCCACCCUCCGCGAACCUCGCCAACCCCAGCCCAAGAAGGACUUCAAUGUCGCUCUCGGGGAGCCCAGCGACGCGCUGUCGCCCGGCUUGCUGCAGCGCCUGCUGCGGGUGACGCGCGAGCUUGAGCUGCAUCACCAGGCGCACCUGCUCAUGCAAAGCCUCAUGCCAGUCAUCUACAUGGAGCCAGAAUGGCUGGAGCAGGUGGGGCCCCCGGAUGGCGAACUUUGCAGCCGGCGCUCAGGCCCGCUGCGCCGCCCCGUCGCCAACACAUCAGCCACGGCGUGUCACCCCAAGCACGACUAA